GGGAACUCCUCUUCUGUAUCAUGAGACAGGAAGAAGGGUUGGGCUUCAUGGCUGCUUCCCUUCCAAUAGAUCCGGGAUUGCUGAGCUGUAUAGAGAUAGACCAGGUGGUGAUCAACCGACAAAACCAUCACAGUCCUACCUUGUUUCACUAUGCCGACACAGGAGUUUUUCGUGGAUAUGACCUGUGGUGGUUGCUCAACUGCUGUGACCCGUGUUCUUUCUAAACUUCAAGGAUGCAAGUUUGAAAUAGAUCAACCCAACAAGAAGGUCUCUAUUGAAUCUGAACAUUCUGUUGAUCUGUUGUUGGAGACACUGAAAAAGACUGGAAAAGAGACAAAGUACUUGGGACCCAAAUAAAAAAACAAAACAAGGGCUGUAACCCACAAGAUUACUGACAACUCUGUACAGAAGAUGAUACAGGAUUCAUAUGAAGACGCUUUCUCUAAGCUGUAGUGGAAAUACUGCAGGGACUGUAUAAUAGGCAAUUGUUUACCGCCCAUUCUCUUUGGUGUAUAGUUCCAUUACUUUUCAUCCCGCUAAACGAUUAAUGUAUUCUUACUUUGCUGUCUGUCUCUGGGAAGGGAAUAAAAGACUAUCUAUUGUAAAUGACCCAGUGUGACUUUGUAAAUUCUAAAAUUGCCUAAGUGCCUUGUUUAUAAUUUUUGAGACCAGCAAUUUUCUCCUUGAAAUGAGGAAGAUUUACAAUAACGCAUUGUGUACUUCUCUGUUGCAUCUAACGUUAAUAAAGACUAAGGGUCUAAUGUAA